CAAGACAAGAUGAAAAGAAUCAGAACUUUCCUCAACCAGUGAGGUUUAUAGAGGGCACAAUAAACAUCCACAGGCAACCAUGUGUCAGCUGUCUCCUACAAGUAGAAAGAAGAUGAUGAUUAAAAGUUUGUUAAAUAAGUGAUUGAAAGGCAAGGCAUGUGCAUUCAAUCAGCCUUCAUUAUUUGCCGAUGAGGAACCUACAGAAAGGACAAUGCAAUCCUCAAUGGGCCAGGAGCUUUUUGACAUCACUAAAGACAAAGAAAAGACUCAGCAACAACCAAUUAGACUCACUCUGUUAAGUACGGAAUGGAGGCCAUCUCUAUUAGACCUUUCUAUAAUCAUAAGAGGACUUGCCAUAGAGUUAGCUAAAGACCCACGUGUGGAGGUUAGUGUCUUUCUUCCACACUGCAGUGAAGAGGAAAGUAGAAAUGCUGCAGGUUACAAUGUUCAGCUCAUUGAAGCAGAGAAAAUGGUUCCUGUUACUCAUCCAAUUGACUGGCUGAUUAAUUUACCCCAAGGACAUGUCAUGGAUUGUGUUUUAGCUUAUGGUGCAAGUGAUGGUAGAGAAGUGCCUUACAUCAUCAAAAAGCAGCAUAAUUGUAAAUGGAUUCAAGUGGUUCUUGAGGAACCUGGAAGGAAUAUCACAGACCUUUCAGAGGGUGAAAAAUGGGAUCAGGCAGAAGUGGAAAUCUGUGAGAUAGCUGAUCAAAUUUUAGCCAUUGGGCCUAAGCUUGCAGGUGCAUAUCAACACUACUUUUAUUCUAGGAAUAUAGAUCAAACUGUGUUAAUUUACACCCCAAGUAUUUUCUCUGAGAUUUGGGAUGUUCCACAGUUAGAUGUUGUGGAUAUCAAAGAAUCAUCACCUUUUGUUGUUUUACUAUUUGGUCUCAGUGGAAAACUUGAAAUUAAGUGGUGGGAAAUUGUUGCUGAAGCAACGUCUGCAUCGGAGGAUGAAACCCACAUACACAUUUUACUCUCCUCAGAGGUAAAUACAGAUGCCAUGGAAAGAAAGUUAUUUGAUAGUUUCAUAAGACACAAUCGACUGUUCUUUAAUGUUGUCGUUAAUGACAGCUUUACAAUAGCAGAACUUACUAAUUUAUUCAGUGAGGCAGAUCUUGCCAUAAUGCCAUUCUGGACUGAAAGUUUUGAAUUAGCAGCACUUGGAGCCCUAUCUGUUGGUUUGCCAAUGCUUGUCAGAGGUUCUUCAGGAUUUGGGAAGGUUCUAAAAGAAGUUCCCUUAGGCCCUCAGUGUGUAGUUGACUCUGAUGAUCCUAAAGACUGGACCAAGGAAAUUAGAGCAAUACAACAAAAACCCAGGGUAGUGCGACUUAAAGAGAUGAAACUUAUCCGUAAAAACUACUCAGAGAAAUACAACAUGGAGGAAUCCUCUGGAAGACUUUUGAAAAAGAUGCUUGAGUUGGUGUCAGGUAGAUCUAAAAGCAGAUUAAAGUCAAGGCGAUCUUCAGCUAAAAGGUCAUCACCUGGUGUUCACGAGUUCACUGCCAAGAAACAUAAGGGAGAGCCAAUGACUUUGCCAUCAACAUCCACUAAGGAAACAACCCACUAUAAAGAGUGGCUGCAACAAAGGGAGAGAGAAUCAAUGCUGAUUGAAGAAGAUGUUCCCAUGGAGGGAGUGAUGUCCCAGUUGGUAAAUGUUAAGAUGGAACCAGAUACUGUGCAACACUUAGAAUUGAAAAAAGAUCCAUUGCUGGAUGUUGAAGUGAUCACAAGAUCUGUCAUUUUUAGGGGUGAAGUUACAGAAAGAGGUUGUGUAUGGAACCUACCGGAAGCAGCCGCCUACGUCACAUUUCAUGAGGGAGCUGUGCCAAAACCUUUGUUAUUUACUUGUUCAGUAUUGCCUCUUAAACUUCGUUGUCCGCCCAUUUCUAGUGAUGAGCUUUUGGUAAGCAAUGUGAUUGAAUUGUCACAUGAUGGUCCACCAGACCUAGAGUUAAGUGGAGAUGAUGAAGGAAACGUAACUGUGGCUUUGUUGCACAGUGCAACUGAUUUGAAGGGCUAUGAAGUGGUUAUCAAGCAAUUGGUGGAUCCAUAUGACAACGUAUGGAAGGAUUUGGAGACUUGGCAUGCAUCAGAAAAACCAGAAGUUUCUGACUGGCGUCAGCUUGUUGAAGCUACAUGCACCCCGUCACGAUGUUCUUCGUUUGCUGCCAUCUGGCGCCUAAAGUCCUUCACAUUCAAAAGACGUACUUCAUUGGCUCCUCAAUUUACAUGUGUAGUACCUGACUUUCCAGACAUACGCGUUGAAGUUCCUUCCAGUUCUGUACCUGUUGAUCAGGACUUUACUCUGACAAUUAAGGUACAAGAAUUUCCAAGCAAUGAGGUUGAAGACAUUGGGAUACUGUGUGGUCCUGUUAUUCACAUUUCAAGCUCUCAGAACAUUGUACAUAUGGAGCCUGUGACUUUCAAGGUUCCCCUCGCCCUUCGUGAAAGUAAACAUGACUUUUCAGAGCUUUCAAGUGAAAUCAUAAGGAUAUUAUACCUCGACUCAGAGGGCAAACCAUGGAACGCUAGCUGGACGGAUAUCACAGGUCAACUAGAAGGGCCAGUUACUGUUAAAGAUGGAAUUGUAGAAUUCAAAGUGAAGCAUUUCUGUCGAUUCUGUGUCUGCACGUUCCGUAAACCCGUUGCUCUUUUGGAAGAUUUUUUUCGUCGUCUUUUCUUCAGACCCAUGCCUCAAUGUGUACAUUUUCUCACUUGUUUAUGUAAGACAACAGUUCCUGAUACUUACGGCCUUUUAUUGUACUGUUAUCCAAACUUUAAAAAAGCUGAGGUGGAAAAUAAAUUGUCAAGCUAUGACGCGCCUUACAAAGGUGAAGGAAAGUCAAAGGAGCCUGCUUGUGUCGGGGAUGAAAUUGUGGUUUCCCCAUUAGCGCUUGAUUUUGUGAGGGAGUCUCAAAGGAAAGAAAAGGUAGUUCUCAG